AUGGACGGAGCUUCUGGAUCUAUGGGUUACAGUCCCAUUCAACAAGCUGAGUGCUGCACAGCGAGAAAUUGGCUAAUUGGGAUUGGUACGUUGAUUGGGUCUGCGUUGUUUGGAUAUUAUGUUGGUGUGCAUCUAUCAAAAAAGAAAGCUCGUCUUAACAGUAAAAUCAAACUUUUCACUGAUAAAGUGGCCGAAACGGUUGAUUUAGAAGAUAUUGGUGAGAAAAAAGUUUUCUGUCGGUGCUGGAAAAGCAACAAUUGGCCUUACUGUGAUGGAAGCCAUAACAAACAUAAUGAAAUCACUGGUGAUAAUGUUGGACCGCUCAUUGUGAAGAAGGCCCAAGCAUAA